GAGCAGCUGCGCGGGAUGCAGGGGGGCUAGGCCGCAGCUGCGAGGCCCGACUCAUCUCUUCCUGUCUAGGGUCUGGAGUGGGAGCCGCCGGUGCAAGAGAGGGCAGGGUAAGAGGUGCCUUUCUACCGCACUUUCUGUUGGCAUUCAUGAGGUUGCCUAGCUGCCCCUUGGACAGCUUUACAUUAGCUCCGAAUCCGUGUGACAAGUGAGGAAAUUGAGGCCGAGAAGUGGAAUGCGUGGCCAUAUCCUGUGCCACACAACCUGCUAAGGGGAGGCCGGAGAUCAAAACCUCGGGGUCUGCGCCCCCAGGCCCUCCGGGAUAGGUGAGCGUGGAGAGCAAGAGCCCGCCUCCGUCCCCGGUACCCCACUGCACCCCUCGCCGCUUCGGGAAGCUCCCUGGAGGAGGAGCUCGGGACGCGGAGGAGGAGCCAGGGCAGCCCCUGGGAGCGGGGACACGAUCCUCCGGGAUAAGAGGCAGAGCGCGAGAGGAACCCCGUCAGCCAUGCGUGCAGAAAGCUCCGGGAGAAGCCUCAUGGAAGAGAAGCAGAUCCUGUGCGUGGGGCUAGUGGUGUUGGACGUCAUCAAUGUGGUGGACAAGUACCCGGAGGAGGACACAGACACCAGGUGCUUGUCCCAGAGAUGGCAGCGUGGAGGCAACGCAUCCAACUCCUGCACUGUCCUCUCCCUGCUUGGAGCCCCCUGUGCCUUCAUGGGCUCUCUGGCCCCAGGCCACGUUGCCAACUUCCUGGUGGCUGACUUCAGGCAGCGGGGCGUGGACGUGUCUCAGGUGGCCUGGCAGAGCAGGGGGGAGACCCCGUGCUCUUGCUGCAUCGUCAACACCUCCAGUGGCUCCCGUACCAUUGUGCUCUAUGACACGAACCUGCCAGAUGUGUCUGCCAAAGACUUUGAGCAAGUUGAUCUGACCCGGUUCAAGUGGAUCCACAUUGAGGGCCGGAACGCAUCGGAGCAAGUGAAGAUGCUGCAGCGGAUAGAACAGCACAAUGCCGGGCAGCCUCCAGAACAGAAGAUCCAGGUGUCCGUGGAGGUGGAGAAGCCGCGAGAGGAACUGUACCAGCUGUUUGGCUACGGAGACGUGGUGUUUGUCAGCAAAGAUGUGGCCAAGCACUUGGGGUUCCGGUCAGCAGUGGAGGCCCUGAGGGGCCUGUACGGUCGAGUGAGGACAGGGGCUUCGCUCAUCUGUGCCUGGGCCGAGGAGGGCGCGGAUGCCCUGGGCCCUGACGGCCGGCUGCUCCACUCUGACGCUUUCCCGCCGCCCCGGGUUGUGGACACACUGGGGGCAGGAGACACCUUCAACGCCUCGGUCAUCUUCAGCCUGUCCCAGGGGAAGAGCAUGCAGGAGGCGCUGACGUUUGGCUGCCAGGUGGCCGGCAAGAAGUGUGGUCUGCAGGGCUUCGAUGGCAUCGUGCGUUGGGGGCAGAUACAGGAUGAUGAGGAAGAUCUGCUCUGAACAGGCCUCUGGGGGUCUGACACCAGUCCCUUUAGGUAGCUCUGCAGAAGUCUGGCAGAAAAGCAGAAAAUCAGCCCCCAAGAAGCCAGUCUGCAGGCCCAGGCCUGACCCUCAGGUCCCCAGCCCAGCCUACUCACCGAAGCUGCUCCUGGCCUGGCUGGAAGGGGUUGGGCAGAGGCAGAUGCUGCACUUCAGGGACCAGCCUGGAGGAAGGAGGGAAGGACCAGCCUUGCAAAGAGCCUCCCUGAGGGCCCAGCCUGGCAGCCGCCUUCUAUCCCCAAGCUCCUGGUACAGUUCCCUCCCCAGACCCAAAGCAAGCUGCUUCUCUGGAUUCCCAAAACUUUGUGGGGACGAGGCCCUUCUGGCUUCCUCAGAAGCAGAACAUUACUGCCCAGACUCUGCUCUUCCAGAUUCCUAACUUUAAUGUUAAGUGAAAAUCUCAAUAAAACAUCCAGUUAGGAGGAGGUCACACCUAGAAGGUACAAGAAAACAGCACAGUGGGCAGCAGGACAACAUGGAUCGUGGCAACUCUUCUACUGUGAUGCUGGGAGCUCAGGGACAGGUCUCUGGCUGAGCCCAGUGGUACUGCCCAGUGUUACACAGACCUGAGUUGCUCCAUGACAUGAAAUGGACUCUUUGUUUUCCCCAAGUUGAGGGCACAUAUAUUGGUUUUGGAGUUUCAAUCUGCUCUGUCCGUCUUUAAAGCUCAAGAUUUGCUCCCACUUCUGGACAGGGAUCCCUGUUUGCCCAAGUCUAUCCAGACCUCUGAUGCCAGAGAGCUGGCAGGAGCUGGUGCAGCACUUUUGUCACUGCUGCCAGCCCUGUUGCUGUUCUGUAUCUGUCCCCCGGCCCCACCCAGCUUUCCCACCGCAUUGCAUUAACACACAAAACCACAAGAAAGUAUUCAAAUAAAAUAGAAAUGAUAUGCUAA